GGAAUUAACACAACUACCAAAAAAGCUUUUAUCAACAAAAAUUGAAUACCCUUUUGUCCUGAAUCUCUCUAACCUUUACGUUGACAUUGAUCCUCGUGCGCAAGUUUCUGGCUUUUGAUUGAUUCGAAGCAGAGAUCGGGAUUUUUGCGGUUGUAUAGCCAAAUGGACGAGGUGAUGACAGCGACGGACGCGGGUUCUUUAGGAGGCGGAAACAGGGCGUUGUAUGGAUCACCUCCGUCGUCGCAUAAUCUGUUUCCUCACAAUCUCCCAAUCUUCUCUGCUUUUCUUGCCUUCGCUCUUGCUCAGUUCCUCAAAGUUUUCACUAAUUGGUACAAAGAAAAGAGGUGGGACUCUAAACGGAUGAUUAGUUCUGGUGGAAUGCCUUCCUCUCACUCAGCUACCGUCACUGCCUUAGCUGUUGCCAUUGGCCUAGAAGAAGGAGCUGGAGCACCCGCUUUUGCUAUUGCGGUUGUGUUAGCCUGUGUUGUGAUGUAUGAUGCAUCCGGGGUUAGGCUUCAUGCUGGUCGUCAAGCCGAGCUGCUGAAUCAAAUUGUUUGUGAGUUUCCCCCCGAGCAUCCCUUAUCCACAGUUAGACCCUUGCGUGAACUGCUCGGCCACACUCCUAUCCAGGUUGCAGCAGGUGGGGUUUUAGGAUGUGUGGUAGCUUAUUUGAUGAGGAGCACAAGCUAGUUUCUACUCAAGUAUGAAUCCAAAAUUCUUUUGAAAUCAUAGGCGACCCUUCUCAGAAACUAUAUAGAUUCAGCGAUCAAGGGACGCUAGAUUAUUGGAGUAAAUGGAAAUUGUUAAAUCUGUGUAAUAUAUAGAUCAUAGUUAGUCUUGUCAUUGUUUAAGCUAUUCCUUCUCAACAUUCUCUCAAUCUCUACAUAUAUAUAAUCUCUAUUUCCGAAGCA